UUAAAAAAGACAAACAGUAUUCGAAGAUUAACUGUUUGCUCGAUUUUAAAGUGCAGUUCCAUUCAUUUUUUUGUUGCUCAAAAAACUAAUCGAAUAGAUUAUUUGCCUUUUUCCAUAGAGGAAAUAGGAUUCCAUUAAAAACUGUUGCGAAGCGAAGAAGCUAUGUCGCGCCAUAAUAACAAGUUAACUAAUGAUUCAACAGACUCGGACAAAUCGGACAGCUCGGACAGUUCGGACAGCUCGGACAGUUCGGACAGCUCGGACAGUUCGGACAGUUCGGACAGCUCGGACAGCUCGGAGAGCUCGGACAGCUCUGAAAUUGAAGAUGAUGGUUCAAUGUAUAUGUUACAAGCAACACAGUUUCUUUGUAUCGGCAACACAAAGGUUCGCAUUGAGGUACAAAUUAGUUAUGAUGCGAACGUAGCGACACUUGAUGAUUUAUAUGAUAUACAACUUGAUGUGACCUAUAUACUGAACUGUGAAAGACAUGAACGUGAAAUUGAUGCAAAUGUAGGGACACACACCAAUCGUGGUUCUGAAAAUACAGGGAUGCUAUUUGAUCACAAUUCAUUCAACAACAUUUACUAUAAAACAUUCAUCAUCCGCCCAACGGCUAAUGAUAAAUCGAAGCACCGUCACCGUUAUAGCGUAAUUACUGAGCACAUUGCUCUUGAUUUGAAGAUUAAAGAAGAUGAAAGUAAUGUGCUGCCCAUAGUAACACUGAUUGGCUACGAUGUGACAAUGGAAAGUGAUACGAAGAAACCGAAGCGAGGUUUUUGUAUAAUUACUGGAGCAAAUUCUCAAAAAGCUCGUCAACCAAAAAAAUCUUGCAGGCAUGCUGUUUGGACUGAAGUCUAAGACGGUAAUGUCUUUUGUUUUCUUUACGAUUAUUGCAUAUUUAAUACUUUUUUAAUA